AUAAAUGCACUAGUAGUACAUUUGCAAUCUACCAAGUUGUGUACCACACUAGAACUAGUUUUUCUGAGAACCUCAUCUUCAGGAAUGGAAUUUGUUAGUGGUAAAGAGAAGCAAAAGGGUACAUCUGGAUACUUGAAAUUGGUUGCCUUAAUUGCUCUAUGUCUCACUCUAAUUUCUCCAGCUGAAUCAUUUGAUCCAUUGGAUCCAACUGGGAACGUGACAAUAAGAUGGGAUAUCAUGUCUUGGACAUCAGAUGGUUAUUUGGCCACUGUGACAUUAUUUAACUUCCAACUAUACCGAAAUAUUAUGAAUCCUGGGUGGACUUUGGGGUGGACAUGGGCAAAGAAGGAAAUAAUAUGGGCCAUGAUGGGAGCUCAAGCCACAGAACAAGGAAACUGUGCCAAGUUCAAGUUGAAGAUUCCUCAUAGCUGUAAGAGGAACCCUGAAGUGGUUGACUUGCUACCUGGAGCUCCUUUCAACAUGCAGUUCAACAACUGCUGCAGGGGGGGUGUCCUUACUUCUUGGGGACAGAACCCUUCAGGGGCUGUCUCAGCAUUUCAGAUAGGUGUUGGACUCUCUGGCACCUCCAACAAGACAGUGAAAUUGCCUAAGAACUUCAAGUUGCUGGGACCAGGACCAGGAUACUCAUGUGGCCCUGCCAAGAUUGUUCCAUCCACUGUCAUCCUCACUGAUGAUCGCAGGCGAAAAAUGCAGGCACUCAUGUCCUGGAAUGUGACAUGCACAUAUUCACAGUUUCUUGCCACCAAGAACCCUAGCUGUUGUGUUUCUCUGUCAUCUUUCUACAGUGACAAGGUCACAGGUUGCCCAGCUUGUGCAUGUGGAUGUCAGAAUAACGAUACCUGUGUCACGAGAGAUUCAAAGAUUCUGCACGAAAAUGUGACCUCACCUCAUCAAAAAUCAGACAUCACACCAAAACCAUUGCUACAAUGCACACACCACUUGUGUCAUGUAAGGGUUCACUGGCAUUUGAAAGACAACUAUAAGGACUAUUGGCGUGUGAAGAUUGCCAUCAUCAACUUCAAUUACCGGUUGAAUUUCACCGAUUGGUCUCUUGUAGUGCAGCAUCCCAAUCUCAAUAAUGUCACACAAGUCUAUAGCUUUGAAUAUAUGCCACUCCUUCCCUAUGAAUCCAUAAAUGACACAGGCAUGUUCUAUGGUUUGAAAUAUUACAAUGAUCUGUUGAUGGAAGCUGGGCCUAAAGGGAAUGUGCAGUCUGAGGUACUCAUGAAGAAGGACAAGAAUACAUUUACUCUCAAGCAGGGAUGGGCAUUUCCUAGGAGGGUCUACUUCAAUGGUGAUGAAUGCAUGUUGCCCCCUCCUGAUUCAUAUCCUAUGUUGCCAAAUUCUGCCCAUACACUACUAUCAAAAAGAGAUAUGUUGAUAGCAGCCUGUGUGAUUUUUUCAUUACUUUUUCAUUUGGUUGUAACACUUUUUUGAGGCGUAAGAGCGGCUAUUUAGUUUUAAAGCUUACAGCUUAGAGUGAUGAGUUAGCUGGCAAAUAUGCAAAAUUGAAUUUCUUGUGAACAAUUAUACACAUAUAUACGAUAUAUAUUCACUCAAAAGAUAACAUUUUCUGUGUUG